AAGACUCUUUUCUUUCCUGCAAAAUUAGGUGUAGAAAAGAGAAGAGAGAGAUCUAGUCAAAUUUUGAUGAGGUUGUAAGGAUUAACUGUGUGCAUGCGUUUUCUUUGGGUUGAUAUUAGAUAAGAGUUUUUAGCUUAUAAAAGUUUCAACGAACUUCUUCUAGGGUAUUUAUGAUGGUUCAUCUGAUGGUUGCAGAGAGAGAAAGAGUAAGAUGGUGCAAUUCAAAAGAACAGUCUGGCCUUAAUAAUUGCUUUUGAAUGUAGUUUCACCUAUAAAAUACGUCUCUAAAACUCUCAUUUUGUUCUAUCUAUCUAUCACACUCCUAUUUCCUUCUCUUUCUCUCUGCGUUUUACUUGUUUUGCUCUUUUAGAUCUCUUUCAACCUUCAUUUUCUUUACAAAUAAAGCUUAUAUCAAAAACACAGCCUUUCACUUUAUUAUCUUCACCCAAGUUUCUUGCAUUGUUAAGGUAACUUCUUUUCUAUUUUCCCGGAGAAAAAUAAUUCUCUAUAAUAUCGGUCACAUUGUUUUUCUUCCCCAUCACCGACUAUAUAUGGAUAUAGCUACUGCUUUGCUUCUGUUUUCGGCUGUCACGGCUUAUCUACUGUGGCUCACAUUCAUCUCACGCACCUUGAAAGGUCCACGUGUUUGGCCUCUAUUCGGCAGUCUCCCGGGUUUGAUUGAAAACUGUGAUCGUAUGCAUGACUGGAUCUGCGACAAUCUUCGCGCGUGUGGUGGCACGUACCAGACCUGCAUCUGUGCAAUUCCAUUCCUCGCCAGAAAGCAAGGUCUUGUGACUGUCACGUGCGAUCCUAAAAAUGUAGAGCACAUAUUAAAGACCCGCUUCGAAAAUUACCCCAAGGGACCCACUUGGCAAGCCGUGUUCCAUGAUCUACUUGGUGAAGGGAUCUUCAAUUCUGAUGGUGACACGUGGCUGUUCCAGAGAAAGACUGCCGCAUUGGAAUUCACCACCAGGACUCUGCGCCAAGCCAUGACUCGCUGGGUUAGCCGAGCCAUUAAGCUUAGGUUCUGUCCGAUUCUUGAGUCUGCUCAGCUCGCCGCUCAGCCGGUUGAUCUACAAGACUUAUUGCUUCGCCUCACGUUUGAUAACAUUUGUGGCUUGGCGUUUGGGAAGGAUCCGCAAACCUGCGCGUCUGGCCUUCCCGAAAACAGCUUCGCAUGGGCUUUCGACAGAGCCACUGAAGCUUCGCUUCAACGUUUUAUUUUGCCGGAAAUCUUGUGGAAGCUGAAGAAAUGGCUGAGGAUGGGCAUGGAAGUGAGCUUGAGCCGGAGCCUAGUCCACAUCGAUAAGUAUUUAUCCGAGGUAAUCAAUGCACGUAAGCUGGAGUUGCUGAAUCAGCAAAAAGAUGGGAACCCACACGAUGACUUGCUCUCAAGGUUUAUGAAGAAAAAAGAAUCAUACUCGGAUGAAUUUCUCAAACACGUGGCACUUAACUUUAUCCUAGCUGGACGUGACACGUCAUCAGUAGCGUUGAGCUGGUUCUUUUGGUUGGUCAUACAAAAUCCAUCAAUCGAAGAGAAAAUCUUAUUUGAAUUAUGCGGUGUCUUAAUUGAAACACGUGGUGAUGACACGUCAAAGUGGUUUGAGGAGCCGUUAGGGUUUGAAGAAGUUGACCGUUUGAUAUACUUAAAAGCAGCAUUAUCAGAAACCCUAAGGCUGUACCCUUCGGUACCAGAGGACUCAAAGCACGUGAUCUCCGACGACGUAUUACCGGACGGAACAUUCGUGCCAGCAGGUUCAUCAGUUACGUAUUCGAUAUAUGCAACAGGGAGAAUGAGGUCGACGUGGGGAGAUGAUUGCCUAGAGUUUCGUCCAGAGAGAUGGUUGUCGUCUGACGGGAAGAAAUUUGUGAUGCAUGAUUCCUAUAAAUUUGUUGCAUUUAAUGCAGGGCCGAGAAUAUGUUUGGGGAAGGAUUUGGCUUACUUGCAAAUGAAGUCGGUGGCAGCAGCGGCGUUACUGCGGCAUCGACUGACGGUGGUGGCGGGACACAAGGUAGAGCAAAAGAUGUCAUUGACUUUGUUUAUGAAAUAUGGGCUGAAGGUAAAUGUGCAUAAAAGAGAAUUAGAGGGGAUUGUAGGAAGAAUUAAGGAGAAAAAGGAGGGAGAAUUAUUGCAAUUACAUGAUGAGAGUAAUAAAUGUAGUGGUAAUGGUGGGGUAAGGGUUGACGAAAUGGUAGGUGGUGUUGUUUAAGGUGGUUUUUAAUUUGGAGUGUUGGUGGUUUCAUGGAAGUAGUAUAUUUAAGGCGAGGGGACGGACAAUGGCUACGAAGCUGUUCAAGUUACGGUGGAUCAAUUUCAUGUCAUGUGCAACAUUGUGUUUAUGUUUCCCACGGGUUGUCAGCAGAAAAAAAUUAAAGAGGACGGAGCUUCUACAUAGAUCAUAGUAGUAUCAUGAUAUAGAUCUCUGCUUUCAAUUCCAUCAAUAUUCUCACGAGAGAAAGAUAACCAUUAUAAAUUCCUUACUUUAAUUUAUUUUUCUUGCAGGAAGAUGUUUCGUUAGUCUAUAAAAUUCUUUAUUUUCUUUUUGUUUAA